AUGGCACAGAUAGGUGGUCCCUGUCCUGGUCCCGCCGUGGGGUCCCAGCUGUCCGUGUCCCUUCCCCCCUCCCUUGCGCCCUACCUGCCCCGCGCGCUGCUGGGAGCCUCCGGGCUGCUGCGCGGCAGGAUGUCUCGCAGGGAGUCCCCCCCUCUGCCCCCCUCCCCACCGCCUCCUCCGCAACUGCUUCGCGGAGACAACGGUCUCAUCACGGGCAAAGAGGACGAGGACCGCCCGCAAAGGGCCGAGCCCCUGUCCGACUCUGACACCGAAAUCAUCCAGGGCACGUGGGCCCUGGUUUACAAAAACUAUGAGAACGUAGGAGUGUCUCUGCUCAUCAGGUUCUUUGUAAAUUUCCCCUCUGCCAAACAGUACUUCAGUCAGUUCCAGGACAUGCAAGACCCUGAGGAGAUGGAGCAGAGCACUCAGCUGAGACAGCACGCCCGCAGAGUUAUGAACGCCAUCAACACGGUGGUGGAGAACCUUCACGACUCCGACAAAGUGACGGCUGUGCUGGCCUUGGUCGGGAAGGCACACGCGCUCAAGCACAAAGUGGAGCCCGUGUAUUUUAAGAUCCUAAGCGGCGUGAUGCUUGAAAUGCUGUCGGAGGACUACCCAGAAUGCUUCACUGAAGAGGUGCAGCAGGUGUGGUCCAAGCUGAUGGGCGUGUUGUACUGGCAUGUGACCGGAGCGUACACCGAGGUGGGCUGGCUCCAGGUCUCCAGCUCCGCAGUCUGA